GAAUUUUUCAAGCAUGUCUUGAGCAUUCUUGUGGUUGGAGAUAAUGAAAAAAGGAUAAUUAGCAUCAUUAUUAAAGAAGUUGAAAGUAGCAUCUCAAAAAAUCUGCUUCUUGCAAACUUCAGAAUGGGUCCUUUACCUACUCUUUGCAAGAAAUUUGUGGAGCUUGUAGAGAUCUUGGUAAAUUAUUAGAAGAGAGCAUAUAUGUAAUUAUAUACACAGUACAUGCUUAGCUUGAAAAUUCAAUAAACUUUAUUAUUACAACUUCUUUGUUGAAGAAAGACGUUGAACCAUCCAAUAAAGAUACAGUGGUGUUGUUGCUGCAAGAUAUGUUGGAAGUUGUCACCCAUGACAUGAUGGUGAAUGAGCUCAGGGAAUUGCUUGAAGUUGGUCAUAGCAGCAAGGAUACUGGGAGACAACUUUUUGCAGGUACUGAUACAAGACCUGCCAUAGCAUUCCCCCCAGUUGUCACAGCUCAGUGGGAAGAACAGAUAAGACGCCUAUACCUCUUGUUGACAGUGAAGGAAUCUGCUACUGAUGUACCAACUAACCUUGAAGCAUGUAGAAGAAUCUCAUUUUUCACAAAUUCACUGUUCAUGGAUAUGCCACGUGCCCCCAAAGUCCGGAAAAUGCUUUCUUUCAGUGUCAUGACUCCAUACUACAGUGAGGAGAUAGUUUACUCUAAAACUGACCUUGAGUUGGAAAAUGAAGAUGGUGUAUCAAUCUUAUAUUACUUGCAGAAAAUUUUCCCAGAUGACUGGAAUAACUUCAUGGAGCGAAUUAAUUGUAAAAAAGAUAGUGAGAUAUGGGAAACUGAGGAAAACAUUUUACAGCUUCGUCACUGGGUCUCCCUAAGAGGACAAACUCUCUGCAGAACAAUUCGAGGAAUGAUGUACUACAGAUGAGCUUUGAAGCUUCAGGCUUUCCUUGACAUGGCCAAUGAAAGUGAGAUACUUGGAGGCUACAAAUCCAUAACAGUUCCAUCAGAGGAAGAUAAAAAAAGCCAAAGAUCUCUUUAUGCACAAUUAGAAGCAGUUGCUGACAUGAAAUUCACAUAUAUCGCUACCUGUCAAAACUAUGGCAACCAGAAGUGAAGUGGAGAUCGUCGUGCAACAGACAUCCUGAACUUGAUGGUCAAUAAUCCUUCUCUUAGGGUGGCAUAUAUUGAUGAAGUUGAAGAGAAUGAAGGAGGAAAAGUACAUAAAGUUUAUUAUUCAGUUUUGGUGAAAGCUGUUGAUAAUCUUGAUCAGGAAAUAUAUCGGAUAAAAUUAUCGGGUUCAGCCAAGAUAGGAGAACGAAAGCCAGAAAACCAAAACCAUGUUAUAAUUUUCACGAGAGGAGAAGCUCUCCAGACGAUUGACAUGAAUCAGGACAAUUACUUGGAAGAAGCUUUAAAAAUGCAUAACCUUUUGGAAGAAUUCAAUGGGCAGCCAGGCUUCUUGACCGGAUGAGUCAUAGCUAGAGUAACUUUUGAAAUCAUAAUUAAAAAAUAUACUAAUUGUAGUUUUUAGUUAUCCCUUACAUAGUUAUUACAAGUGUAUAUUUUGUUCUUGUAAUUUUUAAAUUUGGAACAUACUGAGUUCUAUUGAUUAUUUUGUUUGCCUAUUGAUUCUGUCUGAACCAUGUUGUAAUUACACAAGAAAUUAUGAAUGAA